AAUGCCUGUUUCCAAAAUUCCACGUACACAUUUGCGAGAUGGGGAGGAACUUGGUUGGAGAACAGUGAUGUUUGCAAAAGCCAAGGUGGUUACUUAAUUUCCAUCGAAACCAAUGAGGAAUGGAAUUUUAUUAAACAGAAGAUUCAGAAUCGGAGUUGUUGGAGAAAGAAAUUAUGGCACAUCGGUUUAUCAAAGAAAUCUGGGGAUUGGAUUUGGGAGAGUGGAAACUCAUUGAACAUUUCGAAGUGGGAAAAUUCUAAGAAACCUCAUAAAGGAAGAUUACAUGCGGCAAUAUCCAAGAAUGGUGGCCUUUUCAAACCAGUCCUUUGGCAGAAUAAAAAGGCCUAUAUCUGUGAAAUGCACGGAGAAUGCCAAAAUCCUUCCUUCAAUAACUCUUGGUACAUAUUUUCAAAGCGGGGAAAAACUUGGGAAGUUAAUCAACGCACCUGCCGAAACCAAGGUGGAGACCUGGUUUCCAUCGAAACUAAAGAAGAAUGGAUGUUUAUCAGUAGAGAGAUUCGAAACCGCUCUUCUAAGUUCUAUCAUAUUGGUUUGAAAAAAAAGGCCGACAUGUGGACUUGGUUGAGUGGAAGACCGCUGACUAUUUGCCAAUGGGAAAAAAACCAGACAACACUUAAGAGAAAUGUAGCUGUUAUACUCAAUGGGUCUACAAUCGACAAUCAGUGCAUAAUUGACUACUACAAUAGAUCUAAGCGGGCGGCUUAUAUCUGUGAGAUCUCCAACGCGUUUUCAGUUACAGGACAAAACUCUUCGCAGAGCUACUGUCAAGAAUACGUUGAAGUACCCUGCACACUGGAAUAUGGCAAUAAGAGUUGGGUGCAAAAUUGCAACUUAACCAGUUAUACCUGCAAAAUGAACUGUACCGUAACCAGUUGUGAGCACGUGUCAAAUAACAUCUCCUUCGAGGUUUGCGGGCAAAAUUGUAGUCACACGAACACAUUAUUGGUAGAUCAAUGUUCUGAGCAAAUACACGAGGGAGGUUAUCAUAUUUGCAACGUCACAGAAUAUAAUCUGGCAAUCGGCGAGGAGGAAUAUGAAUUUGAGCAGGCUUACUAUUGUGAAGGUGGUCAAUGUGAUUUAAAAUGCAAUGGAAUAAGGUGCACUCAAAUUUGCAAAGAAGGAGAAGACGAUUUAUUGAUAUCAACGGUUACAUCAUCAUCUACGCCGUCACCUGCAGCAGUCUCUGCAUCAACGGAAUCAGCAUGGACCCAACCGGUACCGUCGCCGCAGCCUUCGUUGUCUUCUUCACCUUCGAGAAAAAUUCACAAACUGGCAAAUGAAUAUGUCUCUAAAUUUGACAGAAUGGAGAUCACCAGAAACAAUUCCUUAAAGGAGGCUAUAGGGGUUUUUGAUGACUUCGUCAUCUGUAUGAGAAACAUCAUGAAACCUCUUAACGGCACGUUUAGCACAGAACAGAUUGAGACAAGCAGAGCAUCCACCUUUGACGUGGCAGAUGUGUUCGAGGAAUUUAUUCUUAAUUAUGGCAAACUCCACCUGGUUGGAACGAGGUCUUCAGAAGAGAUCUAUAGCCACAAAUUGGUGCUGCGUAUUCAAAAAGCCUACCACCAAAAUGCAAGUGACUUUUAUCUUGAGAAACCAGAAUGGCAAGCAAGCAUGAAUAUUUCAUCAGCAAAUUUUGCGAAAAACGUAUCGGUGGUUGUUGGGAUUGUGUACAAAGAUCUCCAUGAUCUCUUAGCUCCAGAUCAACCCAUCAGGAUUAGAUCAGGCAAUAGAAGGCAUUUGGGUUCCAGGAUAAUGGCCGUAGCAAUGGCUCCAAACCCAGACAAGCUGCAAGAAAAUGUCGUCUUAAAGUUCAGAAACCUGGAUGUCGAUAAAGGGGAGAAGAAAUGCAUGUUUUGGAGUGGCCUCAGCGAGAGUUCAGAAGAGUUCUCAGGGAGAGGAUGCUAUGUGGUUACAUCGAAAAGCAACUCAGAAGAAACAGUUUGCAGCUGCAGUCAUUUCUCUCAUUUUGCUGUCUUAGUUACCUACGAUAGUAUUCCAGGGCUUACGGCCGAGGACGAGACUAUUCUGCAAAUUAUCACCAAAGUGGGAUUAGGCUUUUCCAUCACCGGAAUACUUUUGACAAUUAUUGUGUAUUCCUUCAUCACAGAUGUUCGAAAGCCUCUUUCUCAAAUAAGAUUGAGUCUUUCUGUGUCACUCGGAGCUGGUCAAAUAAUCUUUCUCGCCGGUAUAAAGGUCACAGAGAACACAGCUUCCUGUGUUACAGCAGCAGCUCUCUCGCAAUAUUUCCUGAUGGCCGCUUUCUGUUGGAUGAUGGUCGAGGGAGUUUAUCUUUAUCUGUUUGUUGUGAAAGUUUAUAACAUUGGCGAAAAGAUGCACACGUAUCACGUCAUCUCAUGGGGUUUUCCGAUCGUCAUGGUAGGCAUUUCAUUGAGCGUUGCGGCUGGAAAAGAUGGAAUUCAAAGUUAUACCAGUGACAAAUAUUGUUGGCUGUCCUCGACUGACAACUUGAUCUGGAUAUUCGUCGCAUUUGUGGCGCUCGUUGAAGUUUUCAACAUUUUGAUACUCAUCCUGGUCGUUAAAGAGAUGACCACAUUAGCGCAGCCAAUGGUGGAAGACAAGCGCUUCCGGCAGAUACGUCUUGGCAUUAAAACAUGCGCGGUGAUGGUGCCACUGCUGGGUGUCACGUGGUUAUUUGGUCUUUUGUUACCCUUACACAAAGCUUUCGCCUACAUUUUCACCAUCUUAAACUCCACUCAGGGUUUCCUGAUUUUCGUCCUUCACUGUGUGCGAAACAGCCAGAUUAGAGAGCGAUUGAAGAGGAGGAUGAACACCAUUUUUCCACAUGCAGACGAUGGAAACUUUACAAAGAAGGGCUCACAUGUUAAUCUAGGUGGUGCCGGAAAUGUGUGGACAGUUGAAUUGCAGUCUUUUAAUAACUGAAGAAUAGCACUUAACUUGAGUAUAGCAACUCAACUAACGUUUAGCUGUAGCCAAUCACAUAGUGUGAUCGUCAAGGCGAAGGUAUAUCUUCAAUUGGGCUUGUUCAGGAUCGAAAUGUCAGCAAAGUCAGGGCUUCUGUGUCCACUAGUAAGUCAGUAUAACAAUGUUUUGAACAAGUCGUGGUGUAGUGCUAGUAUUUGUUGAAAAAAGUUUGCAUAAAGGAGGGCAGUGAAUGGUACCCUAGCAAAUUGUAAGUCUCGCGAAGUAUUAUCCGAUCACGAAAUCACGGCUCAAAGUCUAGCAUUUUUUCAAUAGGCCAUAUUCUCUUCUAAAAGAUAGUUAGAAUAACUUGAAGCCAACACUGUGGGCGACAAAAAACCGCCCAGGGGCCCA